AUGAAGCCGCCUGGCAUCAGCGCCCUGCGGCAGCCCUCCCCAGGCUGCAGCCUGCUAGCCUCCUCCUCUUCUUCCUUCGGCACCACCACGACUUCUUCGCCUUCUUGCUGGCAGCCGCCUCCCUUGCUACUGCACACCCUGUGCCGCCUCCGCCUUCUCCUCCUCCUGCAGCUGCUCUCCGGUUCCUUCUGGUCCCAGCCCUGGGGGGCUGCUGCAGCCAGCGCUUCAUACUGGAAUGGAACUGCAAAGGAAACUGCCGAGGUUCUGGCAGAUGAAGAGAAUGCAUUUCAACAGAAUGGCAGCAGACGCAAUAAUAACAGUUACAGUAAUGCAGUGCAGAAAGAAAUCACCCUGCCUUCAAGACUGGUAUAUUAUAUCAAUCAGGAUUCCGAGAGCCCUUACCAUGUCCUGGAUACUAAGGCAAGACACCAGCAAAAACAUAACAAGGCUGUGCAUCUGGCCCAGGCAAGUUUUCAGAUAGAGGCUUUUGGCUCCAGAUUCAUUCUUGACCUCACACUGAAUAAUGGCUUGCUAUCCUCUGAUUAUGUAGAGAUUCAUUAUGAAGAUGGAAAACCACAGUACUCUAAGGGUGGAGAACAUUGCUACUAUCAUGGAAGUAUCAGAGGCAUUAAGGACUCCAAAGCUGCAUUGUCAACAUGCAAUGGACUGCAUGGCAUGUUUGAAGACAGCACUUUUAUGUAUAUGAUAGAACCACUGGAGUUAACCCACAGCACAAAAAGCACAGGUCGACCACAUAUAAUUCAGAGAACACUAGGGGGACACACUUCUAAGCAACUGAAGAAUCUGAGCAUGGAAGAGCAUAACCAGUGGCCCUUCUUGUCUGAGUUACAGUGGCUAAAGAAAAGACGACGAAGGAGAGCUGCACCUCGUGGAGUGUUUGAAGAAAUGAAAUACUUGGAGCUUAUGAUUGUCAAUGAUCAUAAAAUGUACAAGAAAUACCGUUCUCAUGCACAUACCAACAACUUUGCCAAGUCCGUGGUGAACCUUGUGGAUUCUAUUUACAAGGAGCAGCUGAAUACCAGGGUGGUGUUGGUAGCUGUGGAAACAUGGACAGAGAAGGACUACAUUGACAUUCGAUCUGACCCCGUCCAGAUGCUCCAUGAAUUCUCCAAAUACCGACAACGAAUAAAGCAGCAUGCAGAUGCUGUUCACCUCAUUUCGCGUGUGAUAUUUCACUUUAAGAGAAGUAGUCUGAGUUACUUUGGAGGUGUUUGUUCCAAGACAAGGGGAGUUGGAGUGAAUGAGUAUGGUCUUCCAAUGGCAGUGGCACAAGGAUUAUCCCAGAGUCUGGCACAAAACCUUGGAAUCCAGUGGGAACCUUCUAGCAGAAAGCCAAAAUGUGACUGCACGGAAUCCUGGGGUGGAUGCAUCAUGGAGGAAACAGGGGUAUCACAUUCCCGGAAGUUCUCAAAAUGCAGCAUUUUGGAAUAUAAGGACUUUUUACAAAGAGGGGGAGGAUUCUGUCUUUUUAACAGGCCAACAAAGUUGUUUGAAGCUACCGAAUGUGGAAAUGGCUAUGUGGAAGCAGGAGAGGAAUGUGAUUGUGGUUUCCAUGUGGAAUGUUAUGGCGUGUGUUGCAAGAAAUGCUCUCUUUCGAAUGGAGCACAUUGCAGCGAUGGACCCUGCUGUAACAGCACAACCUGUCUUUUUCAGCCUCGAGGGUAUAGCUGUCGAGAAGGAGUGAAUGACUGUGACAUUACUGAAACCUGCACUGGAGACUCUGGCCAGUGCCCACCCAAUCUUCAUAAACAAGAUGGAUAUUCUUGUAAUUCCAAUCAGGGCCGUUGCUACAAUGGGGAAUGCAAGACAAGAGAUAAUCAAUGCCAGUACAUCUGGGGAAGCAAGGCUGCAGGGUCUGACAAAUUCUGCUAUGAAAAACUUAACACAGAAGGCACUGAGAAGGGGAAUUGUGGGAGAGAGGGGGACCGAUGGAUUCAAUGCAGCAAACAUGAUGUAUUUUGUGGCUUUUUGCUCUGUACCAAUCUUACACGAGUUCCACGAAUUGGCCAACUUCAGGGAGAAAUCAUCCCAACCUCCUUUUAUCACCAAGGCCGAGUAAUUGAUUGCAGUGGUGCCCACGUUGUUUUAGAUGACGAUACUGAUGUAGGAUAUGUUGAAGAUGGAACUCCAUGUGGCCCAUCCAUGAUGUGUCUCGAUAGAAAGUGCCUACAGAUUCAGUCCCUAAACAUGAGCAGCUGCCCCCUUGAUUCCAAUGGCAAAGUUUGUUCAAAUCAUGGGGUGUGUAGUAAUGAAGUCACCUGCAUUUGUAAUAACACCUGGGCAGGGACAGACUGCAGCAUCCGAGAUCUUAUCAAAAAGCCUCCAGCCUCGAAGGAUGAUGGACCCAAGGGUCCUAGUGCCACCAAUCUUAUAAUAGGUUCCAUCGCUGGUGCCAUCCUGGUAGCAGCUAUUGUCCUUGGGGGGACAGGAUGGGGCUUUAAAAAUGUCAAAAAGAGAAGGUUUGAUCCAAGUCAGCAAGGCCCCAUCUGAAGCCACUGCACUGGGUCAGCUUCCCCUUGUACUUUGGAAUUCUGGGUAUGAAGUCCUUGCAGCCAAUAUGCAGGAACUGCUAAGUCGAUAAAGAAGAA